AGUUUGUCAAGAAACAGUUUUGAUGUGUUGGACAUCUACCAUUACAAUAAGAUGCAACCUAAAACUUUUUGAGAAGACCAGUUUUGAUGUGAAGACCAACUUGAAACUCAAAUUAACUCACAAAGACAAUACAACGACAGAGUUGGCCUCCAUGAACAGUAGAGAGACAUUCAUUGUGCCAACUAAAUACCAGAGCUGUAUAACGUUUCGGACUAACCAUACAAGUUCUAAUGGUAUAUAUCUUGAGAUGUUUAACACCACUGACACUGACAUCACAGGAUUUGAGUGUAUUUUGGAAAUAAUGCAGACUUUAAGAAAAAAACAAAUUUCCAAGAAAACUCCAUUUAUUGAAAAGAAAGUCUGCAAUAACACAUCAUCUGGAGUACCAGGAUCUCAAUUAUCUCAUGUCACCAAGAUCAUUGCAAUUGCUGUCCCUAGUUCAAUAUUUGCUGCAAUUCUAUCAGCUGUUCUAGUUUGCUACUACCGAAAAAGGACCCCGUAUGGUUCUUUGCAAUGUUGGUAAGUAAUUUUAAGCAUAUUUAAAUUUAAAAUAAUUUAAA